AUGUGGAGCAGUUUGGGUUCGUUUCUGGUCAUAGUCAAUGUGGUCGCUGGUCUUUCGCCUGUCAUUAAAAUUGGGGCAAUUUUCACUGAAGAAGCGCGCGGGGGCAGUGCGGAACUGGCUUUUAAAUACGCCAUCUAUCGGAUCAACAAGGAGAGAAGCAUUCUUCCCGAGUCUACAUUAGUUUAUGAUAUACAGUAUAUAACACCGAGGGACACGUUUAGGGCUUACAAAAAAGCGUGUAUCCAAAUAAAGUCUGGCGCCGUCGCGAUUUUUAGCAGCGCGGGCCCACUGCUGGGAUCGACACUCACUGCCAUGUGCCAGUCACUCCACGCACCGCAUUUUACGAUAGACUCUAGUUAUAUGGAACCGUUGAACAGCACAAUAUCUUUUACAUUAAACUUAUAUCCGUCACGGGAGCUUCUCGACGCGGCUUUUACGGACCUCACCGCGUACUUGAACUGGACAAGGAUGGGCAUCAUUUAUGAAGACUACGGAUAUGGUGAAUUGAAUAUAUUAAGAAUGGCGAGAGACGGUCGCGAUAUGUACGCGGUGCGUUGUUCUGCGCACGACUACAGACGUGCGCUUGCGCAGCUGAAGGCGCAAGGGAUUGCGCGCAUCAUCGUCGAUACGGAUCCUAAACACUUGAGGCAAUUGGCUAGGGCUGAUAUGGAGCUUUUCGAUUUAGAAGACUUUUACUACAAUCGCGUGAAUAUGAGUGGUUGGAGACUUGUGAACCGUGACUCGGACAAAGUGAAGGACGCCCUGCUGGUGAUGGAGAAGUUCCAUCCAAUAGGAGCGUCUAUACUAUCGGGGGGACAUAUCAAGACUGAUCCGGCACUUCUUUACGACGCGGUGCAAGUUUUGGCCCUAGCGCUGGCAUCUACGAAAGACGUGCAUAAGGGGAACGUGUCGUGUGAUACCGAAACGCCAUUGGCCCAUGGUACAACUCUACUACAGAAUAUACAUAAGGUUCAAGCGCACGGUCUGACCGGUCCUAUUGAAUUCACAAAUGGUGUUAGAACCUCUUUCAACCUCCAACUCAUGCGUCUAGUGGGUGGUGAGAAUGGUGGUACCGUCAUGUCUGGAUUCUGGAACCCGAAUGAUGGUUUGGAGGUCACUGACCCCGCCGCAUAUAGGCGAGAUCCUCCACCGAAUGUAACGUUGACUGUUGUUACUGUAGAGGAAAAGCCCUACGUGAUGGUUAAAGAUGGUUGGAACCUUCAAGGCAACGCGCGAUUCGAAGGUUUCUGCAUUGACCUUCUGGCUAGAGUUGCGGCGAAGGCUGGCUUCGACUAUCGGUUGAGAUUGGUGCCGGAUAACAUGUACGGGGCUUGGGACCCCGAGACGGGUCAAUGGAAUGGGAUUGUUCGAGAACUUAUUGAUAGGAAAGCCGAUAUAGCGGUCGCGUCAAUGACGAUUAACUAUGCGCGUGAGGUGGUCAUUGAUUUUACUAAACCCUUCAUGAAUUUGGGCAUUGGGAUAUUGUUUAAGGUGCCAUCGUCACAGCCAACUCGAUUGUUCAGCUUUUUAAAUCCACUGGCCAUUGAAAUAUGGCUCUAUGUGUUAGCGGCCUAUAUCCUCGUGUCGUUCACUCUGUUCGUGAUGGCGCGUUUUUCGCCUUAUGAAUGGUCCAGCGGCACCCACGUGUGUGGCCACGAAACGAAAUUGCUGACAAACCAGUUCAGCGUAUGCAAUUCCGUUUGGUUUAUCACUGGCACGUUCCUAAGGCAGGGUUCUGGUUUGAAUCCCAAGGCAACAUCUACCCGUAUAGUUGGUGGUAUCUGGUGGUUCUUCACGCUUAUCAUUCUAUCGUCGUACACUGCGAAUCUAGCUGCAUUUCUCACUGUGGAAAGAACGGUUUUGCCCAUUCAAAGUGCAGCAGAUUUAGCUGCUCAGAACAGCGUUCAGUAUGGGACACUGAAUGGAGGGUCUACGAUGACAUUUUUCAGGGACUCCAACAUAGAUAUUUACAAGCGGAUGUGGGUACACAUGUCUUCAGCAAGUCCUCCGGCUCUAGUUUCCUCCUACGAGGAAGGUGUGAGGCGAGUUUUGGCGGGAAACUACGCGUUCCUAAUGGAAUCCACCAUGUUGGACCACAGAGUGCAGAGAGACUGCAACUUGACACAGAUUGGCGGUCUUUUGGAUUCUAAGGGUUAUGGAAUAGCAACAUGGAAGGGCAGCCCCUGGCGAGACAAGAUAUCCCUUGCUAUCCUGGAGCUUCAAGAGAAGGGGGUGAUCCAGAUAUUAUAUGAUAAAUGGUGGAAGAAUACGGGGGACGUAUGCAAUAGAGACGGGAAGGACAGUAAAGCAAAUCCGCUAGGUGUUCAGAAUAUUGGAGGUGUCUUCGUCACGCUUCUGUGUGGUCUAGUGUUAGCGAUAGUCGUAGCUAUAUUAGAGUUCUGCUGGAACACGAGGAAGACCGCGUCCCAAGGAAGACAGUCGCUUUGUAGUGAGAUGGGGCAGGAGCUGCGUACAGCUAUGCGAGGGGGGUCGUCGCGGACAGUUUUGAAACCUGGAUGCUCCAGGUGUUCGCCAGCCACGCACGUGCCACCUGCACCUUCUAGAUACGAGCACUGUGGAACUGAAGGAGCUCCGGUGGUCGUAGCGCGGGGCGCGGAGGGGGGCGUCCGCGCCCUCCUCCCCCCGCUGCACGCCCCUCACACUCCCUGCCGAGAUUCAACAAGUACUCUAAGAAGAACGUCAUCAUACGUCUUGAAGGAGCCUCGAGAGAAGAAACAUGUUCAAAUAAUUGCAUAA